AUGUUCGUUUCGUCUACUAAGAAUCGUCUUUCUAAUUCAACUAUAAAACAGAUAAAGAACCAGUUUGAUACCGAUCUUUCUGAAUUCUUAGGAAAGGAUGAAGUACUUGAAUCGAUCAAAACUCCAGAAAAGUCCCAAUACAUACUUAAAAACGGUCUUCCUAUCUUUAUUAUGGCUGAUAAAUUCAUUCCUACUCUUAAAUGCGUCCAUGCCUGUCCCAAUAUAGUCAAAAGAGUAGUAGUAGAUGUUGGAGCAAUUAAACAUAUUAUUAAUGGAGCAGAUGUCAUGGCUCCAGGACUUCUCCACCAAACUUCUGAAUUCCCAAGUGUCUCUAUUGGAGAUAUAGUUGCUAUCUAUGGCUACGGCAAAAUCAAUGCCAUGGCCGUAGGCAUCAUACUUAUGGAUAACCAACAAGUCGAAGAACAAAGAAUCGGAGUAGCCAUCAAAACAGUCAACCACCUCGGCGACCGUCUCUACUCCUAUGCCUAA